AUGGCCUCGAAGACGGAUGAAGAUACUGGACAGGUGAUUUUUCCUGUGGGAAAUAAGAAAUUUCACACCGUGUUCUGGAGUUUUGGGGAUCUAAAAAGCCGUCGACCGCUCAUCUGUGUCCAUGGUGGGCCUGGAAUCCCAAGCCCUUACAUGAUGCCUUUCAAGAUGCUGAGCCAGAAAUACGGAAUACCUGUUGUUCUGUACGAUCAGAUUGGGUGUGGGAAAUCGGCCAUCAGUUGCGGGGAUCAGGAACAGCAAGACUUGGAAAGAAAAGCCUCCUUCUGGACGGUUGAGCUCUACAUGGAUGAGCUGGCCAAUCUAAUCGAUUGUUUGGGGAUUUCCGAUUUUGAUCUUUUAGGGCACUCUUGGGGUGGUAUGCUCUGCGCGGAGUUUGCAUCUAAACGCAAGCCUCAGGGACUAAAGAGCCUGAUUAUUGCAAACUCUCCAGCCUGGAUGGGGGGCUGGUGCAAUGCCAACAUGGAACACCUGAAAAGAGGACGUAUCUCAAGGGUGGCUGUGAAGAUCAUUCGAAAUGCAGAACAACAUCCGGGGUAUCAAGAGACCCCUGACAGGAUCUCACUAAAUAGUGAGGGCUACCAGAUGGCACUUCGAGAGUUUCAGCAUACGUUUAUUUGCCAGAUGAAUCCAUGGCCUGGAGAAUUCAUUGCUUCAGUCGAGCAAGCAAAGGAGCACACCGCUUCGCAUCUUGCAAUGUACGCUUUGUGA